AUUUCUCACUCUCUCGUUCUUCUGUCAUUUCUGGCUUCUCUCUAGCGCGCGCGCUCUCUCUCUAUAUUAUAUAUUAUAUUCCAGACACACGAGUUUACUUAAACCCUAGUCUUUUCUCUGUAACUAACCUAAACCCUAAAUUUGUUCGCAUUCAUGAUUUGGACUGAUUUUUAUUCAGGAUUUCGGGUUCGGAUUUGCAUGGUAAAUGAAUUUUGUUUAUAAGAUCAUAUUCGAAGCAGGAUUCGGGGUAAGAAUUUGACCCUAAACCCUAACAUUAGGACAAAGGUUUACUCCAGAAUCCUCCAUUCCAUUUCGUGUCCUACAGCAUACCAAACAUCUCUGACGGAAUCACUCAUCGUCGCUGCGCUCAAUUGAAUACGGGAUUUUGUAGCGGAAGCUUGAUCGGAGAACCAGAAAGCAAUCAUGGAUGUUGAUUCACAGCCAACUAUGGAGGAAACUAUUUUGGUUGGUGAUGAUCUAAUGAUGGGGCCACCAUCGCCGAUCAUUCCACCAGAGAUUGCAUCUCAUGUGCUUGAAGGGGUAGAUUUGUGUGAUGGGAUCUUGAGGAAUCUAUUUUUGUGCUUGCAAAUCAAUGACAUUGAGCCAUUUUGUCAAGAUGAGAUUGCUUUGUAUCGGCAAUGUGCUGAGAAAAGGGAUAAGGAACUAAGGCAACGGCUUCAAAAUAGUGAGCAGAAAUUGGGGUUGUCAAUGCCUUUAGAUGAAGCCAAAGAAAGAGCUGCUCAGCUAGAAUCAGAAAUUACAUCAUUGGAUAGGCGGUUGAUUCUGGCUAGUGGGGUUGAAGGUAUGGAAGGAUUUCGGCAGAGAUGGAGUUUGCAUGGCCGCCUCACAGAUACCAAGAGAAGGCUGGAGGCCCUGAAGCAGGGAAUAGAAAAGAGGAAAAAGGACGAGCCAGUUGGAGGUUCAACCACCAAAAGAUGGUUUUUUGGGUGAAAGAAGGUGUUGCCUUGCUUAAGUACCGAAUGGAUUUAUGUCCAGCCUGAAGAUGAAGCGUACCUCUGGCUAUUGUUUUCUUAGGGAGGUUUUUGAACUAUCAUACCAGUGUUAUUUGAGAAUUCCAGUGAAGCAUAUCUUGGCGCUAGAGGAGUUUGGCGCACGAUAUGCGAUAGCAGAUAGGAAUAGCCUUUGAAUGCCCACAUACAGUUUGUGUGAGUUAAUCAAACAUUUUAUGGAUUUCAAACUAUUGAAGGCAACCUCAGGCUUAGGAUUUAGAAAGUUCUUAAUGCCAGCCAUUUUUGGGCCAUGGCAGGAAGAAGUGAUUGUGGGGAGUGUCCCAGUUUCUUCUUUUCUAGUAUUCCACUUGUAUGUGUUCCUGUUUGAUUUGGUAGGAAAAGUACUCCACAUAUUCUGAAGUGGUUAAUAAAAGAAAAAAUAUUUUGUGAUCUGA